GAUUUUUUUUUUUUGAUAUAUGGCUCUCUCUUACACAUGACUACUACUUUUCCCUCUCAUUCAUUACAGCUUCACGCCUCCUUUAUCUUCCCCAAUUAAUAAACAAACCAAACCAAAAAUAUAAAUAAAUAAAAUAAUAGUUCAAAAAAAAAAAAAACCGUCUUCAAUGGUUACCGCUGCCGCAGAAUCACCACCGGCGAAACGAAGAAAAACAAUCACCGGAAACGAAGACUCCGCUUUGAUCGAAGGACUUCCCGAUCACAUCUCAGAGAUCUGUCUUUCUCUCGUCCGCCGUCCGUCGUUACUCUCCGCCGUAUGUACACGGUGGCGCCGUCUCCUUUACUCGCCGGAAUUUCCUCCGUUUCCUUCUCUCUACGCGCUGUUCGUCGGUACGACCUCGGAGCCGGGUCGGGUCAACCCGUCUGUUCGGUUUAUGUGUUUCGACCCGGUUUCUUCCAAAUGGGACCCGCUUCCUCCUCCUCCACCCGACCCGCCUCUUCACCGGAUUCUUUACCGUCAUCCGUCGUUCAUCUCAUUUAAUCUAUCGAUUCAAUGCGUCUCCGCCGCCGGUAAACUCAUUCUCAUUGCCGGAAGUAACCAACAGCUCUCUCCGGCGAUCUCUCACCCGUUGAUUUUCGAUCCGAAUACGUCAUCCUGGAGCUCCGGUCCUCAAAUCGGAUCUCCAAGACGGUGGUGCGCCACCGGAGCUUGCGACGGAGCUAUCUACAUCGCGAGCGGGAUAAGUUCACAGUUCUCAUCAACCGUCGCGAAAUCUACCGAGAAAUUAGAUCUAACCGAUCAAAUUUCCAGUAACCGGCGGUUUAAUUGGGAGAAAUUGAGAGAUAUGAGAGAUUUACGGUUUAGUCGAGAAGCUAUAGAUGCCGUUGGAUAUAAAAGUAAGCUUUUAAUGGUGAACGUAAAAGGAGACGCGAUUAAAGAAGGAGCUAUAUACGACGUUGUUAAAGAUGAAUGGAGAGCUAUGCCGGAGGAGAUGUUGGUUGGAUGGAGAGGUCCGGUGGCCGCGAUGGAAGAGGAGAUUCUUUAUUCGGUGGAUGAGAGGAGAGGGACAGUGAGAAAAUACGAUGAAGAGACGAGAGAGUGGAGUGAAGUUGCGGUGGUUGAUGGUGGUGAGGAGUUGCUUAAAGGAGCUACGCAAGUUACGGCGGUUGCCGGGAAGCUUUGUGUUGUUACCGUUGAUGGGAAGAUUGCUGUGGUGGAUGUUGUGGCGGAGCCGGCGAUGAUUUGGAGUGUUGAGGUUCCUGAUGGUCUUGAACCGGUUUCGGUUCAUGUUUUGCCAAGAAUGAGUAAACCGGAUUUUUGCUGAUGUAAUUGGUUUUUUUUUGUUGGGUGAUAUUUUAUUCUUUUCUUUUUUUAUACGGAAACUUUUUUUUUUUCUUUGUUUUCCCGUUUUUCUGGUGGAAAAGUGUCAUCUUGUCGUUUUAUUUGUUUGGUUCUGGAAAUAUGGUGGAAUCACCAAAAAUAUAAUCAAUUUUUUUCUUAGAAAUUUCGUAUCUGAGAAAGAAAUAAGAUUUUUAUACAUGUUAGCUUGAUAGAAAGAGGAAUCCAUUCAUAUUUUAAAGUUU